GUGACUAAACACGUGACUGAUUGGGUCUGGUUUCUGAAGUUGUACUUGUGGUUUCUAGCCUCCUGUGAACGAAUCAGACUACCUGCAGGUUGGCCGACUCGGAGUUCUGAAAAUAGUGCAGUGGCCCUCGAUAUUUGAUUUUAAGCCGAGUCUGAAGCAAUGGCCUUCCGAGUCGGAAUGGACGUUCCUAUCGUUUUCUGCACAAUUUUGACAUUGCUGGUGAAAGGUUUUGUUGCAGACAGAGAGUUGGAAAUCAUCAACAAGAAAUGUGACAUCCCAAAAUGCAACCAGACUCAUGAUGGCCAACCCAACCUGGUGCACAUCAAAGGGACCGGCGAAAACGAUACAAUCCAUUACCUGUGGAGUUCUAUCGGUGCCCCGGCGGUCAUCCUAGCAAGAACGACCCUCGGUGCUAAUCUCACCGUUAACUGGAAGGAUUUGCUCGAUGGCACCAAGACUGGUUCCCUCUCAUUCCAGCCACCAGAGUCAGUGCUUUAUUCCUCGGCUUUGAUGUUUACCAAGCUUAUAGAAUACAACGACACAAGUGAUGACGGCACGAUACAAUCUAAAGAUGCACGAAUGAUGACUGAGCUGGAAUCACUGACAUGGCAGAAAGGCACCAUCAAUUCUACAGACUGUAGCGCUGUGCUUCUUGGAAAAUUGGGAGAUAAUGGAACCAUAUCCAUGAAAUUGACGGGAUUUGGCAAAGGCGGUCGACUGACAACGCUUCCACACCUCCAGUACACGGAGAACAGCACACAACUGGAUGUAACCAUGCAGAACGUGAUGAACAUGAUAUACACAAACUACACAAAUGCCCGCUUUGCUCUGGAGAUGGUUGUCGUUGGAAGAGACAACAAGUCAGGCACUGUCAAUAUAAAGGAGGAUACGUCUAUCGAUGACCAGUAUACACCUGGUACAUUUUCGACUUUAAAUGUGAGGCUACCAGACUCACCCUUGGGUAGCUAUGUACAGUGGAAGCCAGUUUCAUAUGUUAAGAAAGGCCGGACCAUGGAGAACGCUCGUCAUGUGUAUGAAUAUAAACUCGAAACAACGAGAGAAAAUAUCGACAUGCCACAGACCAGCAUUGUUCGCGCCUUUUUCUCUCCAAAAGAAAUAGAACAAAUUGGGGCUCUGAACGUCUCAUUCGGAAUCACCAAAGAUGGGUUUUACAAGAAAACUAACUACGUCAGCUGGUCUAUCGCCAUUGGCUACGGGGAUCCCCCAGAGGAGUACAUUUCCCUGACUGUUUACAUCGUCAUAUCGGUUGGCCUAGGCAUCCCGCUUCUCAUCGUGGUGUUUGGGGGGACGGGUGUCUGCAUCUCCAAGCACAAAGAGAAGAAGAGGAAAUCACUCCAGUCCAACUAGACAGAGACAAUUUUUUCUUUCCAAUUCCAAGGUUUUUUUUAUGGUCUGGGAUAGUUAGAAUGAAAAGGCAGUUCAAUCACUGGUCUCCGUGUUGAAAAAUUUGGUUACUCAUCGGCUAUUGCACGCUGUACACACAUUUGAAGCUGCGCACUGGUUCCGAAUCUCUUAAUUUUGAUAUGAUACGGGUACCAGUAUAACCACCCCCAUCGUACUUAUAUAAUUUAACUUUAAAG